GAAACAGCCAGCUUGCGACAUGUCGUUGCCGACAUCACAGAUCGAGGCUGGUGUCUCUGUCGGACAAAGAUCUGUUCGACUUGCUUGGCUCCAACACAAACCCAACCACAACCACAACCAUGAGCACUCUUAGCCAUCGACUAAUCACAGCAGCAGCAUGUCAACACCUGAUUAGACCGCUAAAGUCUCCACAACCGCAACGACGAUGUUUGAGUAGUAGUAGUAGUCUCUUUCUCGAUUUGAGUGGCCCAUCAUCACACGGUCGAAACAAAGACAAAAAGAAGAGAGCUGGUACGAGUGCCAAACCAAGUUAUCGGUUUGUCGACAAACUCCGCAUGAGAACCAGAGGGGGAGAAGGCGGCAAAGGAUCCCUGUCGCUGCUUCGCAUCGGCCGCAAACGCAAAGUCCGACCCGACGGGGGCCAUGGCGGAGAUGGAGGAAGUGUCAUUCUUUUUGCCGACCCCAAGACGCAGUCAUUGCGCAUGUCCAAUCCACACGUGACUGCCGCAUCCGGUAGUAACGGCUCAAGCCAAGAAAAACACGGUCGAAAAGGAAAGAAUACCAUCGUCCGAGUGCCCUGUGGUGUGGUGGUGAAACGAGUUCUGGCUUACAGUGAAACAUGGAAUCCAGAGACACGACAAGUGCAAAAAUUAUUUGGAGAGGAUACAGAAGCUGAUUAUGAUUUUUCAUCAGAAUUUAGUAGUGAUGAUGAUGACAGUGAUGAUGAUGAUGAUGAAUAUCUGCAAACUACCCAUGGCCUGGAUCCCGAAAUGAUUGGUUUUUCGGACUGGGAUGCUCUGAAUCGAGACUUUUCCGACGAUUUUGACCAUAAUCAUGAUGAGGAUCAAGAGACAGACUUGGACGAUGAUCGGGAAAGAGUGACACUGGCCGACUUGGAUCAACCUGGCUCGUAUGUGGUCGUGGCACGAGGUGGAAAAGGAGGAACCGGGUCGAGCAUUUUUGCAUCGCUUCAUGGGGGACUCCCGGAUGGCAAGAUUUUGACAAAGAACGCCAGACCCGAAGAAGGAGAAGUGGCGUUGCUGGAACUCGAGCUCAAGCUGAUUGCCGACAUUGGAUUGGUCGGAUUUCCCAAUGCGGGAAAAUCCAGUCUGCUCUGUGCCAUGAGCCGGGCAGGACCCCGAGUGGCGCCGUAUCCGUUUACCACAUUGAAUCCGUUUGUGGGCGUUGUCGAGUACCGAGAUGGGUUCCGUCUCAAAGCAGCCGAUAUCCCUGGCUUGAUUGAUGGAGCAUCCCAAGGCAAAGGAAAAGGACACGAGUUUUUGAGGCAUUUGGAGCGAACCAAAGCGUUGCUGUACAUUGUGGAUGCCGCCGGGACGGAUGGUCGAGAUCCCAUUGAGGAUUUGAAAAUACUUGCCAAUGAACUGGCUCAAUAUGGGGAUGGUGAUAUGCUCACUCGAAGGGCAUUGGUGGUUGCCAAUAAACUGGAUCUUCUCAAGGAAGAAAAGGAGGCACAAGUCAUGGCGGAUCUAGCCACUGCUGCAGACGAAAUGGGCAUCCAAGUGUUUGGCAAUGUGCACAGCAUUAGUGCUGGCGUAACCGGGCAAGGUCUGAGCCCACUGUCGGAGGCAAUGCGACAAAUUGUUCUACAAUAUGAACAGGAUACCGAAGCGAACGAGUGA